UUGAUAUAUGCAAAUGAACUAAUUUGAACUAUGAUGUAUUUGAUCUACGUAUGUGCUUUCAAAAGUAAGGUUAAGUUAUAGUUAAGUAUUGCUGUUAUUAGCAUUAAUAAUUAAAUAUACUAAAUUAAUUCGGGGAAAUCGAAAAAUAAGAAAAGUAUAAACUUAAAGAUGCAUUAAUAGUGCGAAAUGAUUAGUUUUCCUAAAAGUUUAAUUAGAAAACUACAUCGUUUUUGUAUUUUCAGGAAAAAGCUGUUAUGGGUAAGAAAUUACUGUAACAACAAAGAUACUGUAGAUAUCACUUCAAUACCUGUAGAACGAAUACGGAACUUUAGUAUAAUAGCUCAUGUAGAUCAUGGGAAAAGCACUCUUGCAGAUCGUUUACUUGAAUUCACAGGUGCAGUAAAGAAAGGUUCAGGUAAAAAUCAAAUACUUGACAAACUUCAAGUUGAAAGGGAGAGAGGCAUAACAGUAAAGGCUCAAAGUGUUUCCUUAUUAUAUAAAUGUAAAGAUGAAAUGUAUUUACUAAAUCUAAUUGAUACACCUGGACAUGUAGAUUUUUCAAAUGAGGUGUCACGAUCUUUAUCUGCCUGCCAAGGGGUGAUUCUUUUAGUUGAUGCUAAUGAUGGUGUGCAAGCACAAACAGUAGCAAACUUUUAUUUAGCUUUUGAGAAGGAUUUAGUUAUUAUACCAGUUCUUAAUAAGAUAGAUUUAAAAAAUGCUAAUCCUCAGCGUGUGUGCAAUCAGCUAAAAAAUUUAUUUGAUAUUGAUCAGGAAGAAGUUUUAAAGAUUUCAGCUAAAAUCGGUUUGGGGGUUGAUAACGUUUUACAAGCUAUUAUAAAUAAAAUACCAGCACCAAAUGUUAACAGAAAUUCCACAUUCAGAGCUUUGCUGUAUGAUAGUUGGUUUGAUCAAUACCGAGGUGCUCUGGCAUUGGUAUAUGUUGCAAGUGGUUAUAUUGAAGUGGGGAAUAAAAUUACACUUUUCCAUUCAAAAAAUGUUUAUGAUGUAAAAAGCCUUUCAAUUUUAAGACCAGAAGAAUACAGUGUAUCACGUUUAGCUGCAGGCCAAGUUGGUGUUAUUGGCUGUAAUAUGCGUUCAAGUAAAGAAGCAGUUAUUGGAGAUACAAUACAUAAAUUAGGUGAAAAUAUAGAACCCCUUGAGGGUUUCCAAGCAACCCGUCCUAUGGUUUUUGCAGGUGUCUAUCCUAUUGAUCAAUCUCAGCAACAAAAUUUAAGAACAGCUAUAGAGAAAUUGGCCUUAAAUGAUUCCGCAGUAACAGUGUCUAAUGAUUUUAGCCCUGCCUUAGGUCAAGGUUGGAGACUUGGAUUCUUGGGUCUGUUACAUCUUGAAGUAUUCACUCAAAGACUUGAACAAGAAUACGGUGCUGACUCAAUAAUAACAGCCCCAUCAGUACCUUAUAAAAUACUGUUAAAGUCUACAAAACAAACACUUAAAUCAGGACGUGAACUUUAUAUUACAAAUCCAAUUCACUUUCCUGAACCAUUUGAAGUUGAAGAAUAUUAUGAGCCUAUGGUUAUUGGUACUAUUAUAACGCCAGAUGAAUAUCUGGGGCCCAUUAUGUCGUUGUGUAUAGAAAAAAGAGGUAUUCAAAAGUCAGCAACCAAUAUAGAUAAUAAUAGGCUGAUUUUACAAUAUGAUCUACCCUUGUCCGAAAUCGUUAUGGAUUUUCACGAUAUUUUAAAAACGAUAACGUCAGGCUAUGCAACGUUCGAUUAUGAAGACAAUGGAUAUUGCAAAAGUAAUUUAGUGAAGUUGAAUAUUUUGCUAAAUGGAAAGGAGGUAGAAGAAUUGUGUAACAUCGUUCACGUUACUAAAGCUUCUACAAUUGGUAAAAAAAUGUGCUCACGAUUAAAAGAAAUAAUUCCGCGACAAUUAAUCCAAAUAAACAUUCAAGCCAUUGUAAAUGGAAAAGUAGUCGGUCGAGAGACACUGAAGGCAUUUCGAAAGGACGUUACAGCGAAACUUUAUGGAGGGGAUGUAACUCGUCGAAUGAAGCUGUUGGCGCAACAGGCAGAGGGAAAACGAAAAAUGAAAAUGGUAGCAAACAUAUCUCUUCCCAGAGACACUUUUAUUGAAGUGUUAAAAAAACAAUAGAGGUAUGUACUUCAAAUAAAAAUAAUAAAUUCGACUGUGUAAAAGGAUACUGAGGACCAUUAUGAUGUAUGUUUCCAAUACAAAUU